UUCCCGUUCCGGUGUCAACAAAACAAUCCAACAUGGCGGACUAUCACGGGCAGAGAAGCGAGGGGUUCGGCCUCUAAAUGAGUAAAUCGGUGGGGUUCGGUGACAACUGAGCGCAUCGGGCGACAACGAUGUCUGACCCGGGGGGCGAGGGGGGGUCGGUUCGGUACUACUGCACCGCCGGCAACGGGAUGGAGCGUUUCUUGACGGACGAGGUGGAGAGGAAGCUGGCGGCGGAGGAUGUGUGUCAGAUGCCCGGGAAAGUGUUGUUCAGCUCCUCCGCGAGGAUCGACAGAGUCAGCGACCUAAAGGCUGCAGAGAGACUCUUCCUCCUGUUGAAACAAGACUCGCCGGUACAGCUGUCUGCCCGCACCAGCACAGCAAAGGCGGCCUCAGUGCUGCAGUCCAGACUUUUAGGCGACGGAGCUCGAUGGACCAGUGCCGUACUGACGUGGAGCCGCCUGCAGAGGGAGCUAGCUCACAGAGGCACUACUGUCAACACAUCAAGUGCUGCCCAGAGUGUGGUUAGUAAGAGGGAGGAGGGGAGAGGGAGUGAAGAACAGACGGAGGAGGAGGAGGAGGAGGGGAGGUGCAAUGUGGAGACUGGAAAAAGUGCCGAAGGGCAGCGGGAGGAGGAGGAAAGUGGGACCGGGAGGCAGAGGAGUGGCGAUGGAAAAGAUGCGCACACUCUGGAGAGGAAGAGAAAACGAGCGGCGGUGCAGAGAGGGUACGAGAUGAGUGCAGAAGGCUGUGGCGGGGAAGCAGCUCAGGUGCUGGAGAAAAAGAUGAAGAGGGAUAAUGAAGAGGAGUCUACUCGGGAAAAAAAUGUAGAGAGACAGAAGACGCAAGGAAAGAGAGAGGAUGAAGAUGAUGAAGAGGAGAAGAGGAUAGUUAUGGAGUUGAGUCAACCAAAUGGGAAAAAAGGAACCAGGUCAGAAACUGGUUUGCAGAGCAGAGGAACAGGGAAAGACCUAGAUGUGAAAAGUAGCAGCAGGAAGAUAGAUGACAUGGCAGAGGACUGCGCUGUGGAAAAAGUUGAACAUGUGAAGACAAGUGGGGGAGAAGAUAAGAAACUACGGAUCAAACCAGGGUUCGCUUCCUCUGUCCCGGUCUCGUUCAGGAUCAGCUGCAAGUGCACCGGAGCUCUGUCUCGACUCCUCAGCACACAGGAGGUGAGCAGAGUGAUCGGAGUCGGCUUGGGCAGACUGCUUGGCUGGAAGGCCGACCUGAAGAAUCCACAGCUGGAGGUAAAUGUUCAUCUGAGUGACGACCACUGUCUGCUGGGGAUUCCUCUGACCAGGUUACCACUGGCUAACCGCAGCUACAUCAAAACCACAGGACUGAGGUCGACAGUAGCCUGGGCUAUGGCGUCACUGGCUCAGAUACAGCCAGGGUUCUGUGUUGUCGACCCAAUGUGUGGGGUGGGAACCAUCUUAAUAGAAGCGGCGCAGGAACACAAGGCUGCCUGUUUCCUGGGUGUGGACAUUGAUGAUGGACAGCUGCAGAGGGCCAAUGACAACAUAGAGUUUGCGGAGUUGGGAAACAGGAUACACCUGCUGAAAGCUUCGUCCAUGGUGCUGCCUCUGCCCAGCGCCAGUGUAGACGCCGUGAUCUGUGACCUGCCGUUUGGCAGGAAGUUUGGCACCAAAACAAACAUGGCUGCCAACCUGCCAGUCAUUGUCGCUGAGAUGGAGAGAGUCCUCCGUGUUGGCGGUGCCCUGGUUGUCCUCCUGAGUCCUCAGUUGUCGUGUCUCCUGAAAAAACUCCUGGCACAGAAAGACCCCGGACCGACGUCCGACCAGGAAACGUCGCUUCACACCGGAGCACCAGGCUGCCCAUCUCUUUCUCUGGCUCCCAAAGAGCAGCAUACUUUCCAAAUCCACCGGGGCGUCGAAUCCUCACCUACCCGGGAAACGGUCACUGAAACUGGGCCACAACUCAGCUUGUCUCCUCCACCCCUCUCCUCCCUGAAGCACCAGACAACUCUGAGAGUUAGCUUAGGCGCGAUCGAUGGACUCAUUCAUAAAUAUGUUAAGAUUUGAUCAGUGUUAAUGGAAGCCACAUUUACAAAGCAAUGUUGUAAAACAUGUUGUAUCUGUUUCCCUAUUGUCUUUUUUAUGGAAAAUGUUUCAAAUAAAUAUAUAU